AUGUCGACACUCACCGAGAUCACAUCUGAGGCCGACUUUUCCUCGCAUCUUUCUUCCCUCUCACCUUCUGCAUUGGUCGUCCUAUACUUCCACACUCCAUGGGCUGCUCCUUGCGCCCAGAUGGGAGCAGUGCUUUCAGCUCUCGCAUCCCAGUACCCCGCCACUGCCCCGCCCACCAUCUCGUUUGUCAGCAUCAACGCCGAGGAGCUACCUGAUAUCUCGGAAGAGUAUGACGUUUCUGCUGUGCCCUUCGUCGUGUGCCUACGCAGCGGUCAGAUUUUGGAAUCAAUCAGCGGAAGUGAUGCCGUGAAGGUUCGUGACGCCGUCGAGCGCCACGCUGGUCGCGGAAAUGUCGCAGGUGCCGUCAGUUCGAUGGAGGGUGUGAAGGCUAACAUCCCCCCGCCGCUUUCUGCCGUUCCUCGUGAGGAUGGUCCCCUCACCGCUACUCAGGCUCCUGUUACCACUUCUGAGCCGGCUGCUCCUGCUGAUGCGGCCAACGCAACCGCCGUCGCGUCUGCCCCCACCCUGACACCGGAACAAUCUCGGGAGGCAUUGUUUGCCCGCCUGGAACAACUUGUCAAGGCAGCAUCUGUCAUGUUGUUCAUGAAAGGAACCCCGAGCAGCCCACAAUGCGGAUUCAGCCGACAGCUAGUUGGCAUUCUUCGCGAGCGUAGUGUUAAGUAUGGUUUCUUCAACAUCUUGGCAGAUGAAGAUGUGCGACAGGGUCUGAAGGAGUACGCUGAAUGGCCUACUUUCCCCCAAUUGUGGGUGAAUGGAGAGUUGGUGGGUGGUUUGGAUAUUGUCCGCGAGGAAAUUAACAACGACCCCGAUUUCCUCACUGACCACUCAGUCACCAAGCCUACUGCGGCUGCUUGA